AUGAAUGCGACACAACCNCCUACACCAAACUCCGGGCAUGGCGACGCGACUCCUCGGUCUUUGAACCCUUCAUCAGCAGAUCGUGUCGCAACUCCAUCAUCUUCCUCCCCAACGCCUGCUUCUGAACCUUUGAUCUUGUCUGAAUACCAUGUCCAACAGGCACAGCCGGAUGAGCUCCGCGCCAUGGUAGCCAGACUCAUGCCCCUCUUGCAAGAAGCCCGCUCCGAAGCUGCCCAUCACAAGCUGCAAUAUCAGAUGCUUGCGAUCGAGACCAACGAAGCUAUGGAACGUAUUCGCGUCGAGAUGGACAUGGCCCAACGCGAGACCGAGCUCUUGGGUAAUACCAAUGACCCUGUCGAGCCACGCAUCAUUCAGCAGUCAGACCCGAGCAUUCGUCGGGUACAUGCCGACAUAUGGAAAUCCAUGGUCGAGGAAACACAAAGCCUCAAGUCCCAGAACGCUCAGCUCGAACAAAUCGUGUCGCAACACAAACGUAUGGUUGUGCAGCAGGAGAGUGAGAUUGCGACCCUGAACGACCGCAUCACUCUCUAUCGCGAACGCCUCCGUGAAAAUCGCUCUCAUCUCAAUCGCUAUCGUCGUGCUGCUGGGUUUCUCGAGUCACCGCGCAAGAGUCAGUCUGUCCAGUCUUCACCUUGGACCACCCACGAGCGCGAUCAGCCACCUUUUGCGGCUCUAUUGCAUGCAUCUGAUCUCAUGAGUGGGAGGAGUCCGACGACCCCACAGACCCCUACACGCAGAAGACGAGCCGCCUCGAUCACUUCAAUGCCUUAUGAGACCCCUCAAACGCUACAGUCGACGCGCUACUUGCAGGUACCGCAGACUGCCCCACCCUUGCGCCGUCCCGAGUUACAAUUCUCCAAUUCUGAACGACUGGCUUCGACCAGGCAUCAGACAACUGUGCUCAAGCAAGUUUUGGUGGCGGACGAGAGCGACACUGAGACUGAUGUCCCUGAUGAGGAAUCGGCCAAGGAUUCUGGCAGUGUUGCAAGAAUGCCCCAGACUCCUACACGCACUCACAAAAGUUCUCUCAAGAAAACGUAUUCUGACGCUAGUCAACAGAGAUUGUUCGGCCAAGUCAGAAAAGCAAGCAUGCAGCGAGAUGAAAGCGAAGCAUUGGCCAAGGUAUCUGUCCCGGAACAGACACGAUCACAGCAUAUCUCGAACGUGUAA